CCCCCCUUCGCAUCCUGUGUGGUUUGUUGCUCUUGCUUCGCUCUCCUUGUCCUGGUCUGGCUCACCGCCUCCCCUGGCCAGCCCGGACCCAUUUUCCGCCUUCUCCUGGGCAGCCCCUUCGCUCGAUCCCGAUCCUAGCCGUUUUGCUUGAUGGCUGAAAUGCAGCACGUGGUUAUGCAAUCCUACGACACGAGGGACCAGACGUCGGGCGCUCUCCCUUACAGCUAUGCUACGUUGGCCUCAGACUCCGGUUUCCCCACCCGGCAGCCUCGGGACUACGUGGUCUGGUCGUUGUUCAACUUCUGCUUCUUCAACGCCUGUUGCCUCGGUUUCAUCGCCCUCCUCUACUCCUUCAAGUCAAGGGAUCGCAAAGUUGUUGGAGACGCUGAAGCUGCAACCAGAUAUGGCAAUACAGCCAAGAAUCUGAAUAUUGCUGCAGUGGUGCUGAGCAUUGUGUUCAUCAUCCUCAUCAUCAUCAUCCCGGCUGUAAUAGUUUUUCAACUUAGUUACCAAACGUACAAUGUGAACUAUAGUUCUUUUGAAGACUACUUCAAGAAGAAUGGCAAAUAAAUACAAUAUCCUGAAUAUUUUCCUCACAACAUCGUCAAUAGUCAUUGUCUGCCCUUCCUUUCACUCUGAUAGCGGCUGUCCUGCUCUUUCAUUUGCAAAAAAUAAGGCAUUCCUUAAUACAGCUAGAAUUGCUUGCACUUCUCAAAACCAAGAGGUUUAUGCUCUGCACUAAAGAGCAUCUGUCCUUAGCCUAUUGCUUGCCUACCAAGGCUCACAAGAGAUGGGACUGACAGGUCUGAAUAUUAAUGCAGAAGGAAGCUAUUAUAUGAGAGCCAAGGUUCCUUUGUUUGGGAUCUGGCUUUGUGCUCUUCCAGUUCCUGAUACUGAUGGGAAUCUCUUUGUUAUUCUGACAAGUUCAUCGCUAAAGAUAUAUUGCAGAGUUUUUCUGUAUUAAAAAGUGAAGUCUGGGGUGGAUUUUGAGCAAAUAAAUAUAUUUUUGGGCUUCGUGUGAAACUGAGUUAUGUCUGUAACUACAGUGUGAUCUUGACUAUUUAGGAAUAUGCCAUGCUGUGUUUCCAGCCCUCUUCUGGUAAAGAAUGAAUAUUGCUGUCUCUAGCCUAAUCAUAUGUAAAAAUACAAGGAGGAAAUGUAGCAGCAGAAUUCUACCAAACUGCCCCUCAAGGGAUGGGAGAUCAGAAGCUGAAAGCAUGGUCUACGUCUGGUUCCUACCCUGAAUCCUGUAAGUGUUCAUUCUCUUGUGCCCUUGUAGCCUCAAAUAAAAAAUAGUGGAAAAUAAUUCUAGGUUUACUCAAUAUCACAUAUAUAUACUUGAUAAGGUUAGUUUUUAGUUAUUUCAAUCUGCUGUAAAUUAAUCUAUUAAAGUUGUGGGUUUCCUUAAUGAUUUCUCUGGUCAGAAGACUUCAGGCAGGGCAUACGCUGUUGUUUAAACUACACCCCCACCUUGGCAACUUCCGCUGGGAGAGAGGAGCUAAACAUCAAAAGGUUACAUUAACACAUCUAAAUGGAGUACCCUCUGGGUUAUCUCCAUGUGUAGAGGAAGGAAGCCUUUGCUUAAAGAACAGUGAACAAGUUCUAAUUGUAAAUUCUUCCUGUUCUUUAAGAACCUUGAAGUUGAAACACAGACCUGAUAACUGUCCUGCUGAAUGUAAAGAUAUGUUAUUCUAAGAGCUGGGUUAUUUUUUAUCACUGAUAAAGUAAUGAAAGCCUUCAAUAAAGGAUGUCAGCAUAGACAUUUGUUAUCCUGAUAACUGGUGCCAAUAGAUUAGUCAGUGCCGCAACUAAAUUGUUAUUUAGGAUUCUGGGACCAGGAUGACCGGUACUCCUUUAACAGAUAACAGGAGGAUGUUUAGUUUUGAAUGGAAUGGAAUGUGCCAGCUCUUGUAAUGUAUGUAUCAUUUGUUGUUUUAUUAUGCAUAGAUAGAAAAUUACUUUCCCAUGGUUUUUCCUAUAUAAGGGGCUAAGAAUUUGUAACCCACGGGCUCCUCUCCAUUGUUGACUGUCAGUCUGUUGGUUUGAAUAAAAUUUGUUUAUCACUA